CGAGCGCUGCUUCAGCCUUGUCACGGCUGCGAACUUUAGCUCGGCAAGUGCUCUAUGCCCAGCCCUGUGCAAGGGGUCACCUGUCCCCAGGUAGCGUGGGAAGCAGAGCGGAGGUAGCCGACGGGGUUCGACAAUGGAGGUAGUAUUAGACUAUUUCCCUCACAAGCAAGCAAUGGCUGUGGACGUUGCGAUGCAGCUGUACCUGUGCUCCUCUCCCUUGCGAAGAGAGAAGUGUGCCUGCAAAAUUACUCCAAAGCCAAGCAAGCCACUGAGGCCCUGCAUCCAGCUGAGCAGCAAGACUGCACUGCAUGGACCAGAAGAGGCAGCAAACUCCUUCAUGCACAACAAAGCAAAGAAGAGGGUGUCAUUUGCAGAUAGCAGAGGCUUUGCUCUGACAAUGGUGAAGGUAUUCUCAGAGUUUGAAGAUCCUCUAGAUCUUCCUUUCAACAUCACAGAGCUGAUAGACAACAUUGUGGGUCUGACAACAGUGGAGAAGGACAGCUUUGUCCUGGAUUUUGUUCAGCCCUCUGUAGACUACCUGGACUUCAGAAACCGCCUCCAGACAGACUGUGUCUGUUUGGAAAACUGUACCCUAAAGGAGAAAUCUAUUGUGGGAACAGUGAAGGUGAAGAACCUUGCUUUUGAAAAGACAGUGAAGAUCCGGAUGACGUUUGACACAUGGAAAAGCUUUGUAGAUCACCCAUGUCAGUAUGUCAAGGAUACGUAUGGAGGGUCAGAUCAGGACACGUUUUCCUUUGACAUCAGCUUGCCUGAGGGAAUUCAAUCACAUGAAAGAGUUGAGUUUGCCAUUUCCUUUGAGUGCAAUGGGAGGGUGUUCUGGGACAACAACAGGGGCACAAAUUACAGGAUCAUAUGGUCAGAACUGAAGUCUGCCCAGGAAGCUGCCCGUCCCGCACAGACUCCUGACUUUGGCAGUGCAUUUGACCGCUUUGGGAGCCCUCGGUGCUCCUAUGGCCUCUUUCCUGAGUGGCCCAGUUAUUCAGGCUAUGAGAAACUUGGGCCCUACUAUUGACCCAAGGACAAAGGCCAGGCUGACUAACUGUUGCUGGUGUGUCUGUAGGCCUUGGGACUAGUCUGAACACAGGUAUAUGAAUAGGUGGAAGAAGUAUGGCUCUGUGUAGCUUAGCAUAAGCUUCCCAGCAAAACCAAAUGUGCAGUGUGGCAGGGGGCUUAUAGUCAGAGAAGCCAAUCUGGCUCUCCAUAUGAUCAGAGGACCAGGGACCACUCAUGUCUUUUCAGCACUUCUUCUUCCUCUUCAGUAAAGAUGCCAGUGUUCAGGGAAACACUACAGUGCUUAUAUUGCCUGUUCAAGGCACCUGUGUAGUGGUGGCUGCUUUGUAUUGCCUGCCUAGUAUUAAAAGGCUCUUUCAAAAUGUCCUAGUAUUAUAUUGUUAGUGGUCUCUACUACAGCUGCUGGGUUCUCCUUGCAAAGCCAGGCUGUGCCUGUCAGGAAGUAGUGUGGUUGGAUUGCCAGGAAUGGAUUCCUAUCUUUGCACAUAUCCUUGUAGUGAGGCCCUUCCUAAUGGAGGCAGAAAGCAUGUUUUGGGAGUGAAAUGCAAUGUGAUGACAGGAAGUGUGGCCCUACAGCCUGCUGUAUUAGGAGAUAUGCCUGUAGGAGAGGAUCAGAUUUGAUAUGCUCAAUUACUGAUUGUUACAUCAGAUGAGCUUGAAAAUCUCUCAUACCACUGGUGUUAGCAAAAACAGAGAUAGCUGUAGCUGUGUGGUGCUUGUAACACAGCUGUGGGUUGACAUACUUGACUGUCUUCUUCAAAACCUUCUUGUUUCUUUAAUCACGAGUGAUCAAUGAUGCUUUUUCUCCCCUUGAUGGAUGUCUGAAGUUGGCUGUGAUGGACUCUGAAAAUGUUUCAUUCUCUUGUGGACUGUAAACCAGAGUUUUGUGCCCAGGGUCCUGUGCAGGAGACUCUGCUCAGGUGUUACAGGAGCUAAACACAAACGGACCCCAUGGCUGUCUAUGCUGUGUCCUAUACAGGAAGGUGGCUGUUGCUUACCUACUGUGGUGGAAGUGCCUUGACUGAGAAGUGUGGUAUGUGCAAUCCCAGCAAUGUUGUGGGAUGAAUAGGCUUUAGAACUGAUGUUGCUUUUAAGAUCUGGUAAUGGUUUGUUACUCUGUGCCACUGAUUGCUUGACAGAUAAAGGCAUAGCACUGCUUGCAUGUAAGGGCACUGUGGCUGUUCUGGAUGAAUGUGCUGGGAUUCCCUCACUGCUGAAGCAGUAUCUGCCAGUUUGACCUGCAGAUGCCCAGACUUUGCAUCUCUGACCAUAAAAAGUGGCUCAUCCCAUCUAUGUAAAGAACUAGCUGUGAGGAGAGUGAGAUGUGGGGUUAUCCUGACAGCAGCCCUGCAUGUGAGACAAAUCACAGAUGUGAGCCAUCCUGCAACUGAAGAGGUGGCUUGUCUUCUGGAUGUGUGCUGAGGUGGUGAGCUUGGCAGUGCCAAACAGCCUCACAGACCUUCUUGGGUGCUAAUUGAGCAGAAUAACUUAAUCCCUCAGCUCAAAGAGAGAGUGCUGAACAGUUUGUAGAAAUAGAGGUCAAGGGAAUACUACUUUUUCUAGUGCAUAAGCUUUACAUAAUUUUGAGUGCCUCUAGUAGCCUGUGGAUGUGCUGGAGAGAAGCAACAGGCUAGACACUUUGUUAACAUAGCUUUUAAUUCUGGAGACUACUGUAUAAAUACUUAGAAGCUGUUUUACUCUUAACGUAGAAGGGAUACUCAGAUCACUCUUGGAUAUCAAAAGGGACAGGAGCUUGAAGGAAGAAUAGCUGGCUUUCAACUGCUGCUUUUUCAAAAUAUGGAAUCAGUAUACGUCUUCAGUGUGCCUGAUCACUUAGUCAAGGUGGUGAAUCUACUUGCUAGCCCAAAGCUCAUCAGGUUUGGUUCCUCUGUUCAAACAGCUUCCCAAGUCAGCCCUUAGAGCCUGCAUUUGGUCUCUCUGGAAGGGACUGUUGCCUAGCUUGGCUUGAUUUUAAACUUAAAGCAAGUUUGAAUCACACUGAUGUUUUUUAUUUAUUUGGUGUAUGGUGUUGAUGUUGUAAGACACUGACUGUAGAAAACUAGUGUUCUCCUGGCACCUUCUUGUGCCUAUGGAGAGCUGUUUGUGAGCCAAAACAAAGCAUGUGGGUCUGGGGUGCUGUGGAUGGUGAUAUCUCCUUACAGGCUUGUUUUCAGGCUGUCUGUUGGGUGUACUUAGGGAGGAACAUGGAAGAUGAUAUAGAAGAGCAGUGCCAUAAGUAAAAGCUAGGUUGGGAACCGACUAUUUGAUCAAUAGCAGUUUAAAAAUACUAUUUGUGGCCUUUCCCUUUUUUCAUUCCCAGUGUGAACAUAGAAGUGAGGGGGUUCCUCUCUUUGCUCUAUGCCUGGAAGUGCCUUGUAGGAUGUUUUGCAUGUUUGUUUUUAAAAGAUAUUUUUGUACACAACAUUCAAGUGGGAAAUGCACUUUAUAAUUGCCAUGUAAUUACGCUCUUAAAAAUUUGGCUGUUUUUAUCUAAUUGUUAAAAUAAAGGUGGAACAAAA